AAAAUCAUCAAAAGGUAAGUAAGCGAUACCCAACUUUUACUAUGUUUGCCUUUUCUUUUUCUUGAAGCACAUCUCUCCCCCCCAAAAAAAACAGGUUGUUGGAAGAUGUUGUAGUUGAGUAUUCUCCUAAUCUUCCUUCUCUUGCUCAAUACGUACUCAUCAGAGGAUUCUCCUAAUAAUAUUUACUCACAUUUAGCAACUGCAGUUUAUAAUCAUUUCCACUUUCGUCAUAUUUUUUUUCGAAGAAAUAUACAGUUCAAUCCAAGUUAGAUGAACUGGAUUAAUCUCUGGAGAAGAGAUUCGUGAGAUCCAUCUUCCUAGAUUGUCAUGAAAUCUCGUCUGUUAACAUUAUGCGCUUCGUUGCAUUAAUCCUUUAGUAGAGUAGAGGUUAAAAAUUUAGCCAAGGAAGACCAUUAUGCCUUUUGGGUUAGUCUCAGCAUGGAACAAGCGACGGAGAAGCAAGUCCCAAGAUCACUCAGACCCUUAUUUUGUUUACCUUCCAGGGGUUUAUAAACCUAUGGAGUUUUGGCAACUUGAAGAUCAAACACCUCAAUCCACAAAGAGACGUCAUGGAUCAUCGGUUUUCACACUCAAGGAAAUGGAAGAAGCAACGUGUUCUUUCAGUGAAAAAAAUUUGGUUGGAAAAGGGGGAUUUGGACGAGUCUAUAGAGGCGUCCUGCGGUCAGGAGAGGUUGUAGCAAUCAAGAAAAUGGAGCUGCCGACAUUUAAAGAAGCUGAAGGGGAACGGGAGUUUCGUGUAGAAGUUGACAUCUUGAGCAGACUUGAGCACCCCAAUCUGGUUUCCUUGAUUGGAUAUUGUGCUGAUGGGAAGGACAGGUUUCUAGUGUAUGAGUAUCUGCAACAUGGGAAUCUGCAAGAUCAUUUAAAUGGAUAUGGAAAAGCAAAAAUGGAAUGGCCUUCAAGGUUAAAAGUGGCACUUGGAUCAGCAAGGGGACUUGCUUAUCUCCAUUCAAGUUCUGAUGUUGGCAUACCAAUUGUCCACAGAGAUUUUAAAUCCACCAACAUCCUUCUAAAUGCAAAUUUUGAAGCUAAGAUAUCUGAUUUUGGUCUUGCAAAGUUGAUGCCGGAGGGGCAGGAGAUAUUUGUGACUGCAAGAGUUCUCGGAACAUUCGGGUAUUUCGACCCUGAGUAUACAUCGACAGGGAAACUCACUUUACAAAGUGAUGUCUAUGCAUUCGGUGUGGUUCUUCUUGAGCUUUUGACUGGGCGUAGAGCGGUAGACUUAAACCAGGGACCAAGUGAUCAAAACCUUGUCCUACAGGUUAGGCAUAUUUUGAAUGAUCGGAAAAAAUUACGCAAGGUAAUUGAUCCGGAGCUUAGUCGGAGUUCAUACACAUUGGAAUCUAUUGCUAUGUUUGCCAACCUGGCUUCACGCUGCAUCCGCAUUCAGAGCAGUGAGAGACCCUCCAUGGCUGAAUGUGUGAAAGAACUCCAAACAAUUAUCUACACAAAUUCAAAACCCAUGGGCAUGGGCAUGGGCAUGGGCAUGAUGACUUUCAAAAUGGUCUAACAAACGGUUCAUCAGCACAGAAAGUGUUACAUCAACAAUAAAGAUCCUCUAUUUUCCUUCAUUUGGUUAUUGACACUUUGAAGGCAAGAGACCUAUGAUUUUAAAAGUAUUAAGUGUACAACAACAAACAAAAAAAGACAUGUUAUGGAGAAAGGAUUCUAGUAAUUUAUCAAUUACAGCAGACAAAAUUGAAGAAUAAAAAAAUAUGGUUUUAUGGUAAAGAACGUAAACCAUAAAAAUCUAGAGAGCAAACAAAAGAGAAUCCACAACCAGCAAGAAACAUUAUUUGUAUAUCUGGUUCUGUCUAGAAUCAACAUUUCGUUUUAAUUAUUCUUCCACUUAAUGACAACUGUUGUAUAUUAUAUCAUUUUGAAAUAUGGAGAGGUACAUUCUUUGCUUGAUAAAAAGGUAUGAUAAGGCAGGUCCCAUUGAGAUUUCACAACCAA